CAGCAUAUCCGCACCAAUCAUCCUGGGAAGAACGUCUUCUCCAGCAGCAUCUAGUGCUUGUAGACGUCGCACACGGAUGAUAGCUUGGCAAAGUAUCCAUCAGUAUCACCAGGAUCAGAUGACUAGUCAGCACAAAAUUCUUCACAAUUCUAAUUACGUGAACCCGAAGAUUUCCCAGUUAAAAUUUCCCAGUUAUCUCGAUAAGAAACCGGGUUUCUUUGAGUGUCCGAACUGCGGCAAGUAUUAUCGCUGGUUGAGGAACAUGAGGAGUCACCUGAAGAUCGAAUGCGGCAAGGACCCGAAGGAGUGUUGCCCUUAUUGCCCGCAUCGCACCAAAUACAAGAGCAGUCUGCAUAAACACAUCCAGAGAAUGCAUCCGGAGAAUAAUUUCGCAUAAUUUCACCAAGUAUUUUUUUUACUCACUAAUUAUCGCUGUGCAAUCGAUUUCUGAUUAUCAUGGGGCGAUUUGUGCACUAGUUAUUGACCGCACAUAUAUACGUGUUAAAUGAGACAGAAACAAUGAAUCUUAUUUAUCACACUCUUUGUAAAUUAUUAUUUACUGAACGAAUUAAUUGUUAUACAGUCAGUGCACGAAGUCAUUCGAGAAGCAUCGACUCAAAUGUUGUUCAUAAUUAUUAUAAGUCCUAAUAAUUGUAAAUCUAGUCAGUUGAAAUGAAAAUGAUAUUAAAUGGUUCGCUGAUAGAGUUCGUUGAGCGU